AUGCAAGGCAUUCUGCCAGAUGGGAAGGAAAUAGAUGUGAAGAGGCUUUUCUUCAACACAACCAAUUGGGUUGAUCAAUUCUUUAGUGAAGUCAUUCUCAUUAACCAAGUGCAUCACAAUAACCUUGUAAAGCUUCUGGGUUGCAGCGUUGAAGGACCUGAAAGCCUUGUUGUUUUUGAGUUUCUUAGCAACACUAGCCUUGACCGUUACUUAUUCGAUUCAUUCAUGAGAACUUCACUAGAUUGGGAAAGAAGAUUCAAUAUCAUUGUUGGCACUGCAGAAGGCUUAGCUUAUCUGCACAGUGCUUCAGCUGUUAGAAUCAUUCAUAGGGACAUCAAAGCCAGCAACAUAUUGUUGGAUGAUAAGUUCAGUCCUAAGAUCUCAGAUUUUGGAUUGGCGAGGUACUUUGUUGAGGAUCAAAGCCAUCUCAGUACUGGCAUAGCUGGAACUUU